GCUAUUUGGUGGGAGAAAUUAACUGCUGGACGAUCCAUCUGCGAAAAACACUUUUUACCAGACGAAUACGUUUGGCAACGUGAGUUACGUGCUCCAAAUGGAACAAUUAUUGGUGUGUCACCUUAUACAGUUCCACGAUUAAAACCAGGGGUGAUUCCUUCGGUAUUUCCUUGGCCAAGUGGUAAAACUCCGGUAGACGCGUCCGAGGCAGAUUGGAAAGAGUGGAAUGCGCCGAAAAAAAUUGUCAGUGAAUCAGACUCGCAGCGAAAUGGAGCUGUAAGUGAAACGGAGUCUUUGGAUGAAGGAUUGGGACCUGAGAGUCCUACUUCUUCGGCCCCUUCUCUGCCUCGUUCGCCUGCGUCUUCUCCACUGCCACCACUAGAAUCAACACCAGCGACAGCUUCACCAACAUCACCAGCAGUAACAUCUCCUGCUUCAGAUAAAUCAAACCUUGCGAUUGAAGGAAGCGAAUCGACAGCGAUUUUCCAGGAACAAAUUGAAACAGAUUUUGACAUUUCAUCACCGUGGGUGAAGGGAAUCACUAAGGACCUAGCGGGAAGAAAUGUAAUGCAUUUUUCUCUCAUGAAAAUGGCGAAAAUUGCAGAGAUGGUUACGCCGGUAAUAGUACACAAAUCAAUCGUUGAGAUUGGUCACUAGAAAACGUAUUUGAUCACGACUAUACAGAGCCAGAAAUUAAGAAUUGUAUGUUGUACUACAUGACUGCUAACUUGACGAACCAAAUAAUGAAUACUGUGACGUGUGUCGUUUGUAAAAAAGCUUUACUUUGUGAUGAAUUAGCCCCUAUCCUCCCCGAAGCAAUGUUUUCCGAUGAAUUGAUGAAAGGUCCUCUAACUCAUCCAAACCAACGAAUGCACAAGUUUGUUACGUAUUUAGAGGAAAGACUUAUGUUUCACGGCGCUUCUGCUACUAUCUUUGACGAUAUUCUUGAUGAUGUGUACAAAUAUCCUCACCUCUCUUUUCCUUGUCAAAUUCAUGCGACUGACAUUUUGUACAAUUUAAUUCGAACCUUUGUUGUGAAACGCAUGCAAGAUUUUUGUAAUAAUUUCAAUCUGGAGCAAAAAAAAAUUGACCAACAGAAAAGAAAAAUGUCGAAGUUCGCUAAAA